CCCGGCACGAGCGGCCGGCCACCGCACCUCGUCUUCGUGAUGGUGGAUGACCAGGGCUACGGCGACGUGGGUUACCAUGGAGCCCACGACAUCCGCACGCCGGUGCUGGACCAGCUGGCGGCCCGCGGGGUGAAGCUGGAGAACUACUACGUGCAGCCCAUCUGUUCCCCGUCACGCAGCCAGCUCAUGACGGGCCGGUACCAGAUCCACACGGGUCUGCAGCACUCCGUCAUCCGCUCACGCCAGCCGCUCUGCCUUCCGCCAGACGCGCCCACGCUGCCCGAGCGCCUGCAGCAGGCCGGCUACAGCACCCACAUGGUGGGCAAGUGGCACCUGGGCUUCUGCCGGGCCCGGUGCCUGCCCACGGCCCGGGGCUUCGGCAGCUUCCUGGGCUCGCUGACGGGCAGUGGAGACCACUUCACCUUCCGCAGCUGCGACGGCGCCGAGGCCUGCGGCUUUGACCUGCACGACGGCGAGCGGCCCGCCUGGGAGAUGAGCGGGAACUACUCCACGUGGCUCUACGUGGAGAGGGUGAAGCAGAUCUUGCGGGCCCAUGACGGACGGAAGCCCCUGUUCCUGUAUGUGGCCCUCCAAGCUGCCCACACUCCGCUGCAGGCUCCCGCCCGCCUCCUCCAACGCCACGGUUCUCUCGGCAACCGGCUCCGCCGCCACUACGCCGCCAUGCUGAGCGGCGUGGAUGAGGCGGUGGCCGAGAUGGUGCAAGAGAUGCGCGAGCGGGGCUACUACAGCAACUCCGUGCUCGUCUACUCCUCCGACAACGGCGGCCAGCCGCUUGCGGGCGGCUGCAAUUGGCCCCUGCGCGGGGGGAAGGGCUCCUACUGGGAGGGCGGCGUGCGCGCCGUGGGCUUCGUCCACAGCCCUCUGCUGGAGAGGACGGGUGUGGUUAGCCGUGCCCUGAUCCACAUCUCUGACUGGUACCCCACUCUGCUGACCCUGGCUGGGGCCCCUGAGCUGGACCCUCAGCGCCUGGACGGCUACGACGUGUGGGGGGCCAUCAGCAGGGGUCUGCCCUGCCCCCGCACCGAGAUCCUCUUCAACAUCGACCCCAUCUCACACGGGCACGGCGAGGCCGACCAGCACUCGUUGACAGUCAGUGGCUUCGGGAUUUGGGACACGGGGGUGCGUGCGGCAAUCCGGGUGGGCCACUGGAAGCUCCUGACGGGGAAUGUGGGCGAUGGCGACUGGUUCCCCCCGCAGACGUUCCCCGGGGGGCCACAGCAGUGGCAGGGCGGGGAGAAGAGGCAGGACCAGCAGCGUAAGACCGUCUGGCUCUUCAACGUCAGCGCUGACCCGUACGAGAGGUCCGACCUGGCCGAGGCUCAGCCCGAGGUGGUGAAGCUGCUUCUCUCCAGGAUAGCGGAGUACAACCGGACGGCCGUGCCGGCCCGAAACCCUCCCGACGACCCGAUGGCGGACCCCCAGCUCCACGGAGGGGUGUGGACACCGUGGCUGGUCCAAGGAGAGGGAGAGGGUGAGCAAGGCGUCGAGGUGGCUGACACGCGCUACAGCAAGGUCCGGUUCAAAUUCUGCAAAGUUUGCAAACUCAGAGCAUUGUUUAAGAAGGUGCGUAGCCGUCUACAGAGAACCACCUUGUUCUUCUGAACAGACACAGGAAAGGAAGCUAGAGGAAAAAAAGAUCUCUGAGCAGGCACAUAUCGCUUGGCCACCGUCUUCUCUAGUCGCCCUUCAAGGGCAGUGUGUGUGCGAAUGACUCACGGCACUGUGUGAGUGUGUGUUUGUCUAUCAAUUACUUCAUGGUUCAUCCUCCCUUCAGCUGAUGGACAAAGCCAAGCUAACAUCUGAAUGCCGGAUUUUUUAGAUGCUCACGAUUACACGGCCAGGACUGCGAUGAUGACCUGACCGCCUUCCUUGACUCCUGCGGUGUAGUGGAUGAGCCCCAUAGCUAGGAUCAGGGUUCGAGCCUGAACCGCGCCACAUGACUGAGAGCGGAGGACAGAACCCGCGGCUGGCGGCUGCACCUGUAUGCAGGACUGCGCUGGAGGCUGCGUUAUUAUUUCAGUUCUGUGAUGAAGCCUGUUACCAGCAGCAACAUGUUAACAUUCAGACACUUGCUUUCAGACAGUCAGAAGAGAACUGCAGAAGAAACAAAUUGUAAAUUUAUAUGCAGAUUUAUUAGGGUCACCAUAAAUGACAGACGUCUAAUGUUUGGCUCUUUCCUGUAGAAUAUUGUGCACAGAGACUAUAUUAAUUGAUGAAAACCCAAAUGAACAUUAGAAGUGUUUGUAAUUUAUAGAGCUCUUUCCAUUAAAUAACCCUCAUUCUCUGUG